UUAUGACACUGUUCAAUCUUAUGCGAUUUAUUUGUUGUGAUUCACUUCUGUUAAUAGUUACUGUAUUAGCAAAAACGAUUUUCUUUCCAUACAAAUUUAGUGUUUGUAAUCGUAAUAGUUUUGUUGAACAUUUUUGGCAACUUACUGGUGAACUUUCGACGAUACACAACAAGUGCAAUUAAUAGCAUAUCAACAGAAUUCAGAAGAAUAAUUAGCCUAUUAAUUAAGGAGAAAUAUAGAGAAAACAAAAAAAAAACUUAUCGUUAGUCAGAUUGUACGAUUUGUUUACAUUUUUCUAAGCAAAUCAGUCGAACAAAUAAUUACUCUGAACAAAAUUCAUUCGAAAUUAUGGACCGCGGCAUUGUCGAUUUACCGGCUGAACUCAUUUUGACAAUAUUCAAGUUUCUCGAUGACAGAUCACGAUUGAAUGUGAGUGCAGUUUGUAAAAGAUGGAAAUCGCUCACCGAAAACUGCUUCAAAUGGAGUCUGCAUCUAAAUCGGACGUUCAACGCGCCCGCUUGUCGUGACCUGAUUCCAACCAGAAGACAGUUCACCAACAUCUACUUGAAACGAGACGUACGAGUUCCAAUCAUCUUGGCAUUUUUCAAAAAUCGAGACCAGGCAUUCGCGUGCACUGUUACCGACAUAGCCAUCACCAACGCAUUGUUCCACUUGCUAGCAUUUAGCAAUUUGCUGAAGACGUUUCCGAAUCUAACAAAUUUGUACCUUUCUUCGGUGACUGUGAAGUUACUGCCGAGCGACAGAUGGGAUGUGCAACUGAACGAUGACGAUAAGCCGCUCUGUGAACAAUUGAAAAAAUUGUCUGUGUGUGAUGGCACGGACGGUAGACUGUUGCAGUGCUUCACUAAAUCGAAGCUUUGCACACUAAUUUGCCGCCAGCAACGGUUCACACGAGAUGCAGUUCUGAAAUUUCUUUCAACUCAAAACUGUCUGCAAGAAAUUGACUUUUGUCGCAUAGCGUCGAACACAGCGCUCAAGUUCGGUAUGGGAACAUCUGUCAUGAUGCCAGCGUUAAGAAACGUUGCAUUGGACUACAAAUCGAUUACAGACUUUGAUGGUAUAGUCGCGCUCCUGCUGAAUCAGGAGAACAGUUUCGAGACGGUCGAGCUGGGUCACAUACCCGUCCUUCCGGUUCUAACCAUCGUGUUCGAAAAUUUGAAGAAUUUGAAAACAUUGCACCUGAUGCCGGGAAGUGUGCAUGAUUUAUGCAAUGAACUGGUAUUGCAACCGCUUAGAUCGGUUAUUCAUUUAAGAUUAUAUGAUGGUGCAAACUAUGGAAUGAGUCCGACCAGCACGGAAUAUAUGACGAACGAAAUCAUAAAAAACUUGCCAAAUCUUGAGGAUUUGGAGUUAUUCGUGUCAUACAAACAGAGCUACUUCCAAUCGAUCGUAAUGAAUCUGAAAAAGUUGAAGACUCUUACCAUUCGGGUCACCUUCCACACAAAUCUAAAAGAUCUCAAAUUUCCACCGGUGGAAAAGUUACGAAUCAACUGCUUCGACUAUGGACCGAAUGGAGAAAGGAUUCCGCCGAUUUCAAUGAAUGCAGUGGGUGAAGCUGCAGAAAUAAAUGAAGCCGUUCGUUCGCUGACCUACGAAGGUGUUGUUGAUGGACAAUUGUUCGUUUUUAUUCGGGACACAUUCCCGAAGCUGGAACUGCUAGAGGUUCGAAAGGACUUAGUUCGAGGAUGUGUGUCAGUUGCUGGCAUUCGUUGCAUACGCUACAGAGAGAACAGUUUUUUCGCACAACCAAUGCGAUUCGAUUCAUAAUCUGUCUUUCGCUUUUGAAAUAAAAAUUUAUUUUUUC